GUGACGCAUUUAGUGUUCGUCGGAAUGACAUUAGGACCCUUCUGAAAGCGAAAGAUGGCUGCCAACUCAAGAAAGUCUGUUUUAUUCGUGUGUUUGGGGAAUAUUUGUCGUUCCCCAAUUGCAGAAGCAGUGUUCCGAAAAAUGGCAAGUGACAAUGGUGUUGUAGACCAAUGGGUUAUAGACAGUGGUGCUGUUUCAGAUUGGAAUGUGGGAUGCUCUCCAGAUGCGCGUGCACUGGACUGCCUUAGGAAGCAUGGCAUUGAGACAAGCCACAGGGCAAGACAGAUAACAAAGGACGACUUUGUGAAGUUUGAUUAUAUUCUUUGUAUGGAUGAAAGCAAUUUGAGAGACCUCAACCGGAAGGCCAAACAAAACUGCAAUGCUAAAAUUGAACUUCUUGGUUCUUAUGAUCCACAGAAACAACUGAUUAUUGAAGAUCCUUAUUAUGGAAAUGAAGAGGAUUUUGAAACUGUUUAUCAGCAAUGUUUCAGAUGUUGCAAAGCAUUUUUGGAUAGGUGUUCUUGAUAGUUCUCAAAAUUAUUAAAGAUUACAAGCAACAUUAAUGUCAAUGAUAUAGUAAAUUAAUAUCCUGGUUGUAUAAAAAUAAUUGCACAUCAGUCUAAAGUUAGUACUUGCAUAGAUAUUUGAUGGAUCUUUAGUGGAAUUCAAUGUCAUUUUUGACAACUGAAAUAAAGUACUUUUAAAAUUAUUUAUGCAGUUAAUUACUUAUUAAUUUCAGCAACUAGAUAACUCCAAUUUAAAACCUUACAGUUAUUCAAAAUAUUAAUGUAACAUACUAUAUUUGAUUCAGUGAUUUAACAAGGAUAGUUUUCUUUAAAUAUUUAUGCACAAUAAACAUGCACACCAUUUUUAUCCUUGUCAUAAUGUAGGAUUACAUAUCUAUGUAAAUUAUUGUUGAAGCAGAGCAAAAGAGAAUAAAAUUGGAGAUAUUAAAUCUA